AUGCAGCCAGCCAGAGAUGUCCCCCGCUUUGACCAACUUCAAGACUAUCCCCAUGCUGUGGCUGGACAUGCUGGGACCUUGUGCGACUCCGACGGCCAAGUUUUUGUCAAGCCCUGCACUCAGGCUGAAAUCGACUUUUAUGAAUUGACCAAGUCGAAGUAUCCCGAUUUUGCCGAUCUUAUGCCUUUGCAUAUCGGCAAUCUAGUGUUAAGUGGCCCCGGCGAGAUGGACAUUGGAGACAUCGGGGACGGCUUACAAACGGAUCCCGAACAAGUCCUUGCAACAAUCCAAGAGCAAGUCGCCAAUGCCGCCCGAGAAUCCCAAACCGAGGAUACCAUAACGUGGGUGCCUUCUCAAGGAAAGAAGAUUCAGACAAACAUGUCGGUCGUGCUUGAGAACCAAACCAAUGGUUUCAAGAGGCCCAAUAUUCUCGACGUCAAAUUGGGGACCCGUCUGUACGCAGACGACGCGCCCAAGCAAAAACAGCAGCGAUUUCAACAGAUUAGCAAAGAAACGACACACCACAAUCUUGGCUUCCGCAUCGCCGGCAUGCGUGUUUUCCGUGGGUCUCAAGAUCCUUCCGAAUUGGAUGAUAGGGAGUACAAGAACUACGACAAAGACUAUGGGCGAUUCACCGUCAACGAUGACAAUGUGGUCAAUGAAUUGAAGCGAUUCGUCUUCAACGAAGCUGCGGGUAUUGACGAGGACUUGGGCAAGGCCGUCUGUGCGACUUUUGCUAGAGAACUCGGUACAAUAAUCGAUGUCAUGUCUGAUCACAAUAUCCGCAUGUACUCGUCGUCACUUCUGUUCGUGUAUGAAGGCGAUGGCGAAGCGCUUAAAGACGCCAUCCGACUCAACACGGAAUAUGCAAAACGCUCGACCGGUCCUCCAGCUACCAAGCGAAUUGAUAGUGGCAUUGGCUUGGACGACGAGGACCAGGCUCUGGAGCAGUUGCCGCCGCCAGUACUUAAGCUCAAGCUCAUCGAUUUCGCCCACGCGACAUGGACGCCUGGAUCAGGCCCAGACGAAAAUACUAUCAAGGGAGUGAGCAGCUUGGAGGGGUUCUUUAAAGAAAUGGCAGAAUGA